AUGAAUAAGUUUUAUAUUCAAAUCGGUUUAUUUCUUUUAAGCAUUUUCACAUAUGCGAAUAAUGAAACUCUUGCAACUGAGCCUGCUCCAGGAACAGCUGCAAAACCAAGUCGUUUUGCUACUCCAGAAGAAAUAUAUGAAAAAAACAAGGACAUCGAAUGUCGCGGUCACGACCAUACAUCAGUGAUCAAUAUUAUGAAUGAUGCUGUAAAACAUUUAAAAUACUAUGCUACAAGUAAAGGUGGUUAUGAAGUAUAUCCAUAA